AUGAACAUGGAGGCGACAGUCGCUUUCCAGAGGCAGUGGCAGGCGCCGCUCCGGACCUUUGUCCCAGAACACAAGCUGAAGGAUGGCAAGCGGACAGAGGAGGAAUGCCUGACGAUGCCAGGACACGAGGACGGCAGCGCCAUCCCGGUGCCCGCCAUCUUCAUGCUCGUACCCGGUAUGCCCGUCGUUGUCAACCAGAGUACUCUUAUUGCCUUCCGGGAGACCGAGCCCGGCUCUAAACAAUUCCACCUGCGGCUUCUGGAGCUUCUCGCUGUGUCAUGUCACCAGAUCGCGGUCUGCCUUUACAACGUCACUGGAAGAAACCAUCACCACGCAGAGUACGAUGAAUGGAGAGACGAGCCCCGGGACAUGAGCACGUGGGGCUCUUAUCGGCCACCGAUUGCUUUCACUCACGGGCCCUACAAGGCUAUUGAGCAGUAUCCCCACGGCCUCGCGGACGUUGCAGCAUACUGGGUCGAGGCUAGGAUCUUUGGGGGCAUAAUAGUAUUUGACCGAGGGGAGACGGAAAUUGAGGUCGAUUUCCCUUACAUCUUGGUGGAGGACAUUACUAACCCUGACAUCGUCGCCUCUACCUCGCGCAUGAACGGGUCGUGGAAUGGUGACCUGGCCCACCUAUAG